CAGUCACACACUCCAACGAGACUGUCAAGAACCACUUCAUACUGCAAGCACUUCAUCAUGGACUCAAACCGAACGGAAAAUACCAGAAACAAGAAGAAGAGUAAACCCAAUCUGGAUACUAAAGAACCAGCAGCCGACCACCCUACUAAGGAAGGUGCGGAUGUCGAACCAGACUCAGGUGACCCAAGGACGACUACAACUCUGUUCAUCUCUAGCCUCAGCGAUUCGGUCGAUUCAGCCAAACUUCUCGAGCGUGCCUCUUCCAUCGGUCCCGUGAGAGAUGCGUUCGUGGUCUCGGAUCCAGUCAAAGCCAAGUCGAGGGGUUUUGGUUACGUUCGAUUCGUCUUGAGAGAGGAUGCCGAGACAGCACUUAAAGAUGGAUUGGGCGAAUUCGAAGGUCAGGCAAAACCACCUCUUGUCACCUGGGCAAAACCCAAGUUGAACCCAGAGGAGAGAGCUCAGAAAAAACUCGAGAAGACUAAGCCUCAGCAGGCUCAGAAGCGUGGUAGAUCGAAACCGGAUGGUCUAGAAGAAUCCGCCGAUUCUGAAGCCAAGAAGAGGAAGAACAACCCUUUCAGUCAAGUCAAGAAGGACCCCUUUUCAAAUCGAAUCGUCGUCGUUCAAGGCCUUCCAAUCCCCACGGAGAAAGAUGGAAACGAUUCUUCGAAAGCUCCAAAGACAAACCCAGAAGACAGUGAGGAAGAAGCCGAGGAAGCUCGAUCUGAGACUGGCGACGACCCUCAAGCUCAUCCUGGAAAGUCGAUUACGAGUAAAGCUCUGUACAAGAAAGCCAAGAAGUUAGGAAGACUCGAAUCAGUCAAAUAUCCUGUUCUUUUCCCCCCAAGCCCUUCAUCCGCCUCUGCUCACUUGUUCUUCAACGAUGCGACCUCAGCAGCGAUCGCACAGAAAAAACUUCAUGGACAUAUCUUCAAAGGUCACUUUUUAACCACCGCCCUAAAAUCCCGUCUAGAUGCCACUACUCGACUAGGACAUGCCUUUGGUGGGCGACUGAUCAUCCGAAAUUUACAAUUCGACAUCACCGAGCAAGAUCUCCGGUUCCUGUUUGCACCAUUUGGACCUCUUCACUCAAUCGACAUCCCUACUACAGUAGUAGAGGGAAAACCAAAGCCAAGAGGCAGGGGUUUCGCAUUCGUGUGGAUGUUGAAUGAAGCGGAUGCAGGUAGAGCAAUCGAAGGCUUAAAUGGUAAAAAGGUCUAUACAGGAAUCGCCCUUGAUGCCAUCCAGAAGGAGACAGAUAACGAGAAAAAGAGCGCGAAAAGAAAGCGGGAGAAAGGAAAUGACUCGGUCGAACGUGGUCGAGUGAUAGCCGUUGAUUGGGUGCUCAGCAAACAAAAAUAUGAAGAGGCCGAGGGCGCAGGCGAUGAGAAAACCAGCGAUGAUCAAGAGUCUAACGACGAUGAUGAUGAGGAGGACGAGGAUGAGGAGGAUGAGGAGGAUGAUGACGAGGAUGAUGACGAGAGUGGAUCGGAGAACGAAGAUGGGGAUGACGAGAGUGCUUUAGAUGGUUCUUACGACUCUGAUGCCCAAAUAGGAUCAAGUGAGGAAGAAGAAGAUGCAACCGACGGAAAAUUCAAGGCCAAAAAAGAGCAAGGUACUACUCUGUUUGUUCGCAACUUAUCUUUCGAAGCUACCGAGCAAGAGUUGCAUACUCUUUUCCGUCCGUUUGGACCUCUUAGGUAUGCGCGUAUUGUCAUGGAUCCCAAGCUUGGACGAUCCCGGGGAACUGGUUUUGUGUGUCUCUGGAACAAAGAAGACGCCGAAAAAGUGUUAGAUUUGACCAGGAAGUUGGAAAGUGAAGGUUUUGGUCAUGGCCCUCCAGCUGCAAAUGGAUUGCCCUCCCUGCUCCAACCUGAUCCUUCGUCAAGCCUAGCUUCUCGACUUAGCUUGCACGGCCGAGUCCUCGGUAUCUCUGAAGCAGUUUCGAGGGACCAGGCUGAAAAACUCAGGAUCGACCGAGACAAGAGUGGGGCGUGUAAGGAUAAGCGGCGUCUUUAUCUCAUGCGUGAAGGAGUGAUUUUUCCUAACUCCGAUGAAGCCAAAAAUCUCCAUCCGGCCGAUCUGGCUGCUCGGCAACAAUCAUUUGACCAAAGGAAAGCUCUUCUGAGGUCCAAUUUGUCGCUCUACAUAUCCUUUACCCGAUUAUCAAUCCGUCAACUACCACUCUACGUGUCUGAACGUUGCCUCAAACGCUUAGCCCGACAUGCCUUAGAUCAGUGGCGCAAGGAAGUCAAAGCCGGAAAGCGGGCAGAGUUGACUCAAGAAGAACUUGAGAGAGAGAUCACACUCGAGCAGAAGAUACCCGAGAAGAAGUCAGAAUCCAAGAAGAAAAAGGAAAUCAAGAGUAAAGUCAAACAAGUCAAGAUCUUACGGACAACAGAAAAAACCGAUGGGACGACCGGGUUGGGUAAAAGUAAAGGUUACGGUUUCCUGGAAAUGGAAAGUCACGCGGAUGCUUUAAGGGUCCUUAGAUGGGCUAAUGCCAAUCCGGUGGUGGAUAGGCUGCUGAGAGAAUGGACGUGUGAAGAAAUCGAGAGAUCGAUCCAACAAAACGAAACAGCCGGAGUCGAGGAAGAUGAUGAGAGUCCAAAGAAGAAGAGAGCGAAAAACAAUAAUCAAGAUACGGAUGACAGUUCCAAGAAGCAAAAGGGUAAGAAGAAUGACCAAAAUGCAGACGAAAGUUCCAAAGACAAGAAACCUAAACCGAGCGAACCAAAGAUGGACGAAAAAAGAAUCGAAAAACUUCAGAUCAAACUGAACGAACUGCGGUCUGAAUUGGAAACUUUGGACAAUCGUAACAAGAAAGCUGCUGCUAAAGUCUCCUCCAAUCACUCAGAUGGGAAGAAUCAAGCUGAAACUGCACAUAUCAAACCUCAUCGGAUGUUGAUCAUCGAGUUUGCGAUCGAAAAUGCCCAAACCGUUAAAAAACGGUUGGAAAGAAAGGAGAAAAUGCGUGAAAGGGACAUGAAAAAGGAUGGAACCAAGAACGAGGAAGAUAAAAAAGCGACCGGGCACGACAACAAUGAUGAUGAUAACAAGAACCGAUCGAAACAGUCAGGCAAAGGCCACUCUAAAACAGCCGAGCAAAAGAACAAUAGCCGACAACGAAAGCUCCGAGUAUCUUCAUCCGCACCUGAAAAAGAUCCCAUCGAGUCGGCUGAGAAGAAUAGUCAAAGCAAACUUGGUCGAAUUAUCAGUCAAAAAAGAAAGUCGAAGAAGAUCAAACGAGGCUCGAAAUAAAUAUAAAAAAAAACUAUGCCCAUCCUUUCAUCAUCGUAAUCUCACUUGGUUUUUCUUCUCUUCUCCAUUCUUCAUUCUUUCCGAAUAGCAUCCACUUCUUUGUAGGACUUUGUCAAUACAUAUUCAAGCUGAUGAAGAUCCUAUCCAUUGUACCACAUUGGUAAUGUGAAACUCAGAUCACGUGUUUUUUGUCAAGCAUUAUUUUUUAUUAUUAUAUGAAUGGUCACAAUGAUGCAAAAAACUACAGAAAGUUGGCUAAAGCAUGUACAGUGACGUCGACUUCGAACCAGUUUCUGGUCAGCAGUUGCUUUGCUAGUCUGUUGAGCUUUUUCGUAUCAGGAUUACCAAUCUAAACUUGUUGCGC